AUGGCUUUGCAGAACACACCAUUGCGACAGUUGUCGCCAACGACGGGACCCAGCUCCGUCGAAGAGAGGAGGCCCAUACCGUACCGCAAUCUUGCGGUCGGGGCGUUCAUGAAUAUUUUCCAGGUUACGACAUUGGGACAACCGAUGGAAGUGCUCAAGACACAUCUGGCGGCAAACAGACAUGACACAAUCAAAGAUGCUGUUCAAAAGACAUGGGCACGGGGACGAUGGACCGCGUAUUAUCAGGGGUUAAUACCAUGGGCAUGGCUUGAGGCCUCCACAAAAGGGGCCAUUCUAGUUCUCACAUCUAGUGAGAUUGAAUACCAUGUGCGAACAAAAUUUCCCAACGCAUCGUCAACUCUGGGUGGAGUUCUCGGUGGCAUUGGGGGUGGUUUUGCCCAGGCCUACCUAACUAUGGGAAUGACAACGUGCAUGAAAACCGUUGAAGUGACGCGGUCCAAAGUUGCUGGUCAGGGCAUCAAGCCACCAGGACCGUUAGAGGUGUUUGUCCAGAUAUUUCGUGAAAAGGGUAUCCGGGGCGUCAAUAAAGGUGUCAACGCCGUUGCUCUACGACAAGUUACGGGCUGGUCGUCGCGGAUUGGGAUCUCCAGGUUCGCAGAAGACAGUAUUCGCUCUGCGCGCGGAAAGAAGAAGGGGGAUAAGUUAUUAUUUGGUGAGAAAAUAAUGGCGUCAACUAUCGGCGGAGCUUUGAGUUGUUGGAACCAGCCUUUUGAGGUCUUACGAGUCGAGAUGCAAUCCAUGACGAAGGACCCAAUGCGGCCAGAGAAACCGACUAUCCUAUCUACCUUCAAGCAUAUUGUCAAGACUUCCGGAGUCAAGGGUCUGUUCCGUGGAGUUAUUCCUCGAAUUGGUGUGGCUAGCUGGGCGACAAUCUGUAUGGUAGGGUUUGGAGAUACUAUCAAGGCGUUGGUUGCACCCAAGGCCUCAUAA